UGAAAAAAGUAUAUUGUCGGCUUUCAUACUAGCUAAUAUAUACAUAUAUAAAUCUUCAUAAGAGGCAGAGCUAAAGAGUUAAAUUUGUUAAUUUGUGUAAUCUAGGAGUGCAUUAUUUAAAUAAAAUAUAGAAAUCUACUUGAAAUGUCCGAGCUACAAUCUUCAUUGCUAUUGAAGAAACAAUUAGCAGAACUUAAUAAGAACCCAGUAGAAGGAUUCUCCGCUGGAUUAAUCGACGAAAAUGAUAUUUUUCGUUGGGAAGUGCUAAUAAUUGGACCGCCAGAUACACUUUAUGAAGGCGGUUUCUUCAAAGCGCAUUUAUAUUUUCCCAAAGAGUACCCGUUGCGUCCCCCUCGGAUGAAGUUCGUUACAGAAAUUUGGCAUCCAAAUAUUGAAAAGAAUGGUGAUGUGUGCAUUUCUAUUCUGCAUGAACCAGGAGAUGAUAAGUGGGGCUAUGAGAAAGCAUCAGAGCGUUGGUUGCCGGUUCACACGGUGGAAACUAUUUUGAUAUCUGUGAUAUCAAUGCUAGCAGAUCCUAACGAUGAGUCUCCAGCAAAUGUAGAUGCAGCAAAGGAAUGGAGGGAGUCCUACACUGAUUUUAAGCGCAAAGUCGCACGUUGUGUUCGAAAAAGCCAAGAGGAGUGUUCGUAGAAGUCGGAUUUGCUCUAUAUUUGUAUAUUUAUAUUAAAAGUUUGAUACAUUAAAAUGAAUAAUUGAAUUAAUAGACAUAUAUACUCUAAAU